AUGUCGAAUUCAGCGCCAGAAGAUGAGACAGCGAUUCUUCCCGAAUCGAAGAGAUUAAAGCAUGGAAAUGAAAAUGAAGAUAAGCUUAGUGAUUUACCAGAUUGUGUUAUUCUUCACAUAUUAUCGUUUUUGAACGCCAAAGAAGUUGUUAAAACUUGCAUUUUGUCCACAAGAUUGAAGAAUCUUUGGAAACGUGUUCCUACUCUUGUAUUGCAUUCUACUGACUUUUCUACUUUCAAGAGUUUUACCAAAUUCGUUUCUAAGAUUUUGUCACUUCGCGAUGGUUCAAUUGCACUGCAAACUCUUGAUUUUGAACGUGUAGGUAGUAUUGAGCCUCACCUACUUAAAAGAAUUGUGAACUAUGCUUUUGCUCGUAAUGUUCAGCGAUUCGGAAUGUCUGUGAAAGGUGAUAUUUGUCAUAUUCUGCCUUGUAUAUCUUCGUGUCGGACUUUAACUUCUCUUAAACUUUCGGUUUCCCCUAAAGGCCGUCAUAAUUAUGGGCGAACGUUGUUUCCAAAAUCGUUGGAUUUGCCAGCUUUAACAAGCUUGCAUCUAGGGAAUUUUGCCUUUUGUGCCAGUGAGAAAGGCCGAACUGAGCCCUUUUCGGCUUUUAACAAGUUGAAUAGCUUGGUAAUUGACAAUUGUACGGUGAAAGAUGCACAAGUUCUUUGCAUAUUAAGUGAGACACUUGUCAAUUUGACUAUGCGUAAUCAUUCUUCGGACCUUUACAAAAUCGAGCUGGUUGCUCCAAGUCUUUGCAUGUUUGCUUUUAGUGGCACCCCUUAUCAGAAGCUUUGUGGAAGCAACCUUUCUUCUGUUAAAGAGGUAAAUAUUGAUGCAGAAAUGUUGUCAAACUACACAGAGCCUCCUUUGGUUUUACUUAGCUGGCUGCUAGAGCUUGCUAAUAUCAAAUCAUUGACGGUCUCUGCAAGUACUCUUCAGGUUCUCUCGCUAAUUCCUGAUUUAUUGAAGGAUAAGCUCACUUCCUUGUGUAACUUGAAGUCACUUAAAGUACAAAUGAAACCACUUUCAUAUGGAUUAUCCAUGACACUGAGAACUGCCAAGUUACAAAAAGAAUCUAAAGCAGGAUCAGAACCAUCUUCAUCUAUACCUGAUGGAAUAGUUGACUUUUUGAUUCAAAACUCACCUUCGGCAGAAGUUGACAUCAUAGAUUGCUCAAGGUUUGGCAGCUCCAUCGACCAUCUACCUCCAUUUCCAGUGUCUUCCAUUUUUCCUCAAUUCCUUCAGCCCUCUUCCCGCGAGUCUGUUGUGGAUGACCUGCGGCAGCGGAUACAACAGUUAGAGCAAGCAGUAUUGCAAGUGCAGCUGUAUAUUCAACUAGCCCACGAGGAGAUAUCUCGGGAGAGGGACGAAAUGUCUGCCAUCCAAGGGCAUAUGACAAUGCUGUCAAAGACCCUUGCUGCCCUGAAGCGGCAGAUGCAGACUAUGGGACUGUGGCAAUAA